AUAUCCAAACUGCGUAAAGUGUGGUAGGUCGGACGUCCGUCUUCGCGUACUCUAUUGAAGUGUGUAGAAUUCAGUGAGUAUGACCAUUGAUAUCAAAUACGGAGCGCUCGAUGACUAAUGCGCGCUGUUAGCCAAUCAGCACGGUAGUUAUCUUUGGUAGGCCAUUUUGCGUCAGUGCCAUUCGCUAAACAUAACUUUUUUUUUUUUUUUUAAUGGAGCAUGUACAGUACUUUGAAAUGGCUAUUAAUUGCUCAAUUUGCAACUUAUUUCCAAACAGAUUGGAUAUGCAUAAACGCCAGUGAUGUAGUAAAUUAGCUACAUUUUUAAUUUUUUUUUUAAAACUAAAAAUUCCACCGGAAUCAUAGCAACCUUGAGGCAAUUUUUAAAUAGACCAAACAGUUCGAAAGUUUUUCCCUGAGUUAAGCGUAUUUUAUUGGAGAAAAUCAAUCGCCUUAGGUUAGCUGUAAAAGAGCCCGCUAGAGAAGUCCUCUGCUUUAAGAUGGUCGCCGGUUAUUAAUUUUUCCAUCUAGCUAUGUUUAUGAAAUCUAUGAGAGUGGCAAGAAGUUCAGCAACUAGUGUUCACAUGAUAAGACGGUAUUCCAGAUGGUCUUGAUUUGAAGUGUCCUGAAUCAAUACUGGGCCACGACCCCGAUUGUCCAAAUAAAUGGCAGAGAGUUUUUACAAACUGGAAGAUGAAACCUUUCCCAGUUUUCUUGGCAAGUCUUUGGACAGUACCAAUGGACGUGCUACACUGGGGAAUGUAACACUGGGUUCAGGCCCCGGACUGCCAGUGGCUGCUUCUACAGUGGCUAAAAUUAAACCUCAGUCUGAGAACAGGGAUUGUGUGGAUACCUCAUACUUGGAAAACAGAGAGGCGCAGCAGGCCAGUUUACAAUCAUCUGUAGACAAGAAAUCAAAGUUUGCCCUCAGCUUCAAAGAUGACAUGGACAGUGCAGAUGACUUUAUUGCAGCACAUCGCCUAUCACAAAUGCUGGUUAAGGUUAAUGUAGAUGAAAGUGCAUCAAGAAACCAAGGCUCCCUCGUGGGUCUUCCUCCCACUCAGAUGGGCCCGGUUCAAGGCAGCCACAAAGAACUUCCAACUGAUCUUUCAACAGGCCUCCUACCAUUUACUCAGUUUGGACACAAGGAUCAUACAGAUAAAAAGGUCUCGCUUUCAUAUGCCACUACAGAGAAAAAUAAUUUUCUAAUUGAUGCAGUGGACAGUGACCAUUUCAGUGGCAGCAAUUCCAGUUUUUUGGAAAAUGAAAAACUCAUGUCUGUGAACCGCAUGAACAGUGAUGAUACAGAUGAUGACAUUGAUUUAAACAACUUGCCCGACGAUGAAUUGGAGCUUUACUUAAAAAACCUGGUGCCUUCUGCCAUGCAUAGGGGCACAGUGGAUGGCCAAGAACUCCCUGCCACCGUGCUGCCUCGGUCGUCUGAUGACCGAUCCAAUUCAAUUUCCAUAGAACAAUAUAGACACAGGAUCAUUGAUGACUGCAAUCAGGACAAAUUCCAAAUGCCUGUUGUGCGUCUGGCAGCAACAGGUAUGGACUCAUGUCCUGCCAGUGACGAAGACACUGAGGACGAGUUUGAGUCUGCUAGACAGACAAGCAAUUCUACUAGGACAAGGCUGCUACCAAGCAUCUCCAGACAGUUGGUUGGUGAAAGUAAUCGGCCCAGUUUCAGGCCAGGUUUAGAGGGAGGAAGUUCUGAUGAUGAGCCAUUGACUAGCCUUGUUGGUCCAUCCCUGUCUGAAAUUGAACACAGACGGUCAGCUGAGGGACAAGUUGUAAACCAUGCUGUCACAGCAGGGGAUGGAGGUGUUGGUGAUGGGAGCAGUGGAAGUGAAGAAAGUGGAAAUUAUGGGGGAGUUUCAACAAUCCCCUUUUCAACAACCUCCUUUAAUGUGUUACGUGGGCUGAGGAAUGUGGGUAACAGUACAGUUGGUGAAAAUGGAGACAGUGGUAGCAGGAAUUUCACAGGACAAAGAAUGAACUUUACAUCACAUGCAGAGAUGGGUGACCGUGUGGGUCCUGUUGGAAACGGUGAAGCUAGCACUUCUAAAACCUCAUCAUCAGCGGAAAGUCAAAUACACUCUCCUGUUAACUGGAGCAUGGACAGACAAGAAGCACUUGAUGUCAUGGGAAACGCCGAGUCUGGCAUGACAACCGAGCAAUCGGUCCCUGUUCUUGUGAAAAAUGAAACUGGAUUCGGGGGAUCCCUGCAAGGAAAGUCUAAUUUUUCCCAACUUCAAGAUACCCAGGACAACUACCAUGACCCCAAGGUGCUGCCUUCGGCGAAUUUAAGAGCAGGGCCAUGUGGUAACACUUCCACUGUUGAGGCCUCAGAUGUUACCAGUGAGGAUGAUGGUGAUAAUCUUUCUACCUCCCUGGAACCAAAAUAUUUCUGUCAGAGCUUCCAGCAGGAGCCUGAAGAUGAAUGGAACAACUGUCCAAACAACCUGGAUUUGGAGUUUCAACAAGGUGCCAUUGCGUCUCAUAGUGUGGUGUACCAGAAUGAAGAAGGCCAGUGGGUAACAGAUCUUGCUUAUUGCACGUCCUUUGAGAAGGAAGUUGGUGAAAACGCAUUACAAAAUGAUGACCAGUUUCAAACUGAGGACUUUCUUUCUCCCAGUGAUGCCUUAGAAAAGAUCAUGAAAGAUCAGGUGGAAUUUGAAAAGGAGCACCAAUUUAUGCAGGAGGAGCAGAUUGUACCAGCCAGCAGCAAUAGUGUCUUUCAGAAUGACUCCUCUUGGAGAGCUGGUAAUACCAGCCACAUUUUGAUGAGGGCUUCUCAGGUUUCCUCUGAGUUUAAUCCUGGGGACCAAAGCUACUUGCGACUCUCAUUGGGGCAGUUUUUUGAGCAACGUUCUGAAGCCCUGGGUUGUCUCGGCAGUGGUAGCAUCGAUGGCAUUAAACGGCCAUCUUUUGGAUAUAUUAUUACCUCUCCAGAAAAGCGGGAACCAUUUGCACUAAUUCAUCCUUCUGACUUCUCCAUUAAUGAGAGCUCUCCUCACAAUGUCUCCAUGGAAGUCAAUGAAACUGAUAAAACACUAAAUCCUGAUGACCUGAGUAAAACCUUUGAGGUAUUGCCUCAUAGGGUCUCGCCUAAAAGGAACACACAGCCUGGCCCUUGUGAACAGGAGGUAAAGGAUCAUAAUGCCCCUAAGGCUCUGCUUCACAGCAAUGAAGGGCCUGCCUGCAUGCCAAGUAUUGGAAAUCAGAGUUUGAUUUCGCCAUACAAUAACAGUAGUGAUCUCAUGCUGAGUAUCAGCGCAAUUGCAUCAGCCAUGGCAGAUGCUUCCAUCAGUACUGACCCAUCGCAACUGGCUGCCAUGAUCAUGGAGCUGUCCAAGAAAAGUAGGGCGAAGAAUGGAAUAGAGCCCUCUGAACCCGCAGGACCUAAGGCCAACCCUAAUGAAGACCAGAAUGGCCGGUCGGACAGUCUACAUAGUACCGCCUGCGUUGAAGACCAGAGUGCCUUAAACAUUGAGAAAUACUUAAAGGAGAUUUACAUGUCUGGCUGCUGUGACACAUCUGUAGUACAGAAUACCUUUGACCUAAGUGGCUGGGCUGACAACAUCAAACAGUCUCGGAGCAACCACACAGAACAAAAUGAUGAACAAAGUUCAACAAAACGCACGGACAAUGAAAUGGGCCCAGAAAAAGUAGCAGUUACAAGUGGAGAACCAUCAUUAAAGACCACUUCUUCCACAAUAUCUAAGGAAACUGCAUUAUCUUCUGAUAAGACUGUCCGAAAAAAGAUUGCAGUUCCUUGUCCUCAUUCGUGCUCUCUCAAAGAUUCAAGCUCAAAGAUAUCUAUAAUGCACGGCGUCCCUCUAGAGAAAAUUGCUGCAUGUGACAGCAUUGUGUAUCAGACUGGAAAGACUAGUAUUUUCUCAGCAAGACCAUCAUCAGAAUCUGAACCUAAGCUAGAGGAGUUAAAUCCACAAGGAUCCUAUGUUGGGUGCGCCUCAGAGAUGCAUCCCAACAGUCAUAUAGGCUCGUCUUCCUCCCCAGUUUGCAACAAACACCAGUCAAGACCUCACCAUAGUAAAUGUCCAUCUCCUCAAAUAGAGAAGAUGUCUUGCAUGGUCCAGCAGCAGAGUGUUAGACAUAGUAACUCUCCAGGCAAGAAAGCUUCACUCCGAAUCCCCAUAGCUGCUUCUCUGUCUCAUUGCUCUAUGGAAAACCAUGUUCCUUCCUUCCAAAGCCCUCAGACCGCAGGCAACUCUGAAUCUGAUUUGCCAACAGAACCCCGCGUGGAGGAGACACAGUGUACCUUCAGGCCCUCUACCUCUCCUCUCACUCACUCCUCUCCCAGUCAAAGCACCCCACCUAAAAUUAAUAGUCCUUCAGCAACCAGAGGUAUUCUGGCAGGUAAACGCCCAAAUCCUGACCUUUCCCCCCAGUCUAGCUACUCCAGCCCCAGUCUAAGCAGACUCACCUACGUCUCAGUGAAUGAUGCCACCGUUGUUCCAACACCUGCAAGGGAGAAGACCGAUUGUUCCAUGGCGCUCAGCACCACAAUCAUCAGAUUUAGUCCAACUCCACCUGUGGAGCAAGACCCACAGUCUAAUGAGAAUAUUUGUAGUCAAUCCAAAAGCCUUGAAGUUCAGCCGAAGCACUCUCAAAGUCUGGAGCAGCUACCAGCACAACACAAAACUUCAGAGACCUCGUCUUGUCGCACUAACCUGAGCUGUGCCCGAAGCCAGAGUGAAUGCUGUCCGAGUGAAAAAAAUGUUGGUCUUUUGGCAAGCUGUAGGGACCAUAAGAACCUAACAGAGUCCAAUGUGAAGCAGCUCUCGAAGGUGGACUCGGGCUAUAGCAGUAAUUCACACAUUCCACAAAAUUCAACCACAGCAGCAUCUCAGACGUCUGAACAGUGGGCAGCUGCAAGCAUGUUUCCAUCAUUAUUUUCUGGUGGGCUUGGCAUACCACAAUCCUACUCAUCAGAUGGACUACCUUAUGGGCCAAUUAAAAUCAAGCCUCCAUAUCCUGGCUUGAUUGACUUCCCCCACCAACCAGAUAUGAAAUCCCUCUUGGCAGGCUCCCUUGUUAAUUCCCAACUAACUCGGCAGUAUUUGGGACCUGAUGCUCCAUUAAAUUCGGCGGUCUAUCACGUCGGAGCAACAGCAACUGGUCUCCAGAGUGCAUCUUCUUCAGACAUGACCAACGGUCAGCUACCAGUGAGGCAAAUCCACCCUAUAGCACAAUCUUUAGGGAUAGGUAGUGCUACUGGGUCCCAUCACCUUACCAGAUCCACUCAUAGCCAUCAAGACGUUGGCCUACUGGGAAAAUUCUACAGUCAAUAUGGUGGAGAGCCAAUGGUAGCAAGUGGUCUUGAUGAAUUACGAGUUCAAGUGGUGGUGCCUGAGGAGCUGCAGUUUCCUCAUGCUUGCUGUGUGGGAAUUGCUUCACAGACCUCACUAAGCAUCUUUAACCCUUCUGAAAGAUGGCAACAAGUGUCAAUAACCGUUGCGAGUCUGUCAAUUGAUGGUGAAAAGCUGCAGGUGGAUACUUUACCUUAUCAAUGGCUGAUCAUUAAGAACAAGACGAUCAUUGGUCCUAAAAGUACUGAAGAACAGAAAGUUUUGUUUAUCCCGCCAAAGGCUGGUGUUUACCAGUGUGCCCUCAGUGUUUGCUCUUGGCCUGCAUCUGCCAACACUGAAUUAGCGAACAGGGCAAGUAUUUUUGCCAGAAGGGUGGUGCUAGUUGCCAUUGCAGAGAGUCCUUCAGUCGAGGUUGAAGCAGGCAAAUCUGGAUGUUUGGAUUUUGGAGAUCUACCGGAAGGCAGUUCCAAAUCCCUUCUUCUGAAAGUUAUCAAUAUGACCCAAGCCACAGUUCCAAUAAGGCUUGUCAUCAGCGCUAAGGCUACAUCAUGGCGCUGCUUUACGUUGUCCAAACAGCACAUUUCUGAAACAUCAGAGGCAACACAACCAACAGGUCACGUGACCCCACUGUCGGCUCCUUCUCUGGUGAAUCAUGUGAUGCAUGCCAGCUUCGGAGAGAAUCCAGAGUGUUUUAUGGUUUGGGUUCACUUUAAGGCCUUGCAAAAGUACACAACUUCUUCAGGGGACUUGGGUCAGGCUGAAGAAUACAAUGCACGUGUGGACGUAGAAGUUGACUCACCUGGUGCGAGUCAUGUGAUCAAAAGUGUUCCGAUCAGAGCUAGGUCCGGAACUGCGAGGGUGCACGCACCGAAAGAUGUGCAGAAUGUCAGCCUACGUGCCCCACUGGGUAAAUCUUCUCAAAAGACACUUCCAUUAAAGAAUGCUGGGAACAUUGGUGUUUGGCUGAAACUCAAGUGCAAUGAAGUUGAGGACUGUUUCUCAGUGAAACCUGAUGAACUGUUCCUCGCAGUAGGAGAGGAGCAAGGUGUUGUGGUCUCAUUUAACGCAUGGGGUCCCAAGAAAUAUAAAGAGAGCCUUCUCAACAUUUUGGUGCUGCCAUCAGGCCCCCAGUAUGAAUUAAAAUUGAAAGGAGAGAUUGUCUCAGAAGAAUCGGGCAUCAAUAAAACCUCUGCUGCUUCUGUCCUCAAUUCUUGUUUGAGCAGUGAUGUUCCACCAAUUCUAUCCAACAAGCAGUUUGUAGCCUGGGGAGGUGUCACUUUAGGGCGAGCGGUUCAACAGAAGCUGGUACUUAGAAACAAUUCAUCUACUGCAACUCAGCAACUUCGGUUACUUAUUCGUGGUCAAGACCAAGACUGUUUUCAGCUACAGAGUUUGUUCAGUCCAGACGAGCGUAUGACCAGGCACGGGGAGCUUUCCAUCCGUCCACGAGAGGAUGUGACUGUCCACCUGCUGUUCGCGCCGACUCGGGUGGCCUGCAUGUUAGCCAAGUUGGAGAUCAAACAAUCUGGAGUUCGGCCAUCACAACCAACGAUCAAAUUCACUAUUCCUCUCUCAGGCUAUGGUGGCACCAGCAACAUAAUUCUGGAGGAUCAGAGAAAGCAGGCGGAUGGAUAUGUGGCCACAAUGUCAGACAUUGCUAUUAAUCAUCUUAGUAAGGUGUGUCUGUAUGUGAGAAACACCGGUUCCAGAGCGGCAUUCGUCAAAGCUGUGGCCUUCUCUGAUGUAAUGACUCGAUCAGUUAUGGACCCUUUUAUUAUCAGCCUAUCACCAUCUCAGUUUGUACUAAAGGAAAGAACACAAGAGGCAAUCACAGUGCUCUUGAAAUCAACACAAAGAGAGCAAACACUGUGCCAGUCUGAUUCCCCUCUGCUGGCUACUAUUGUGCUUUUUUGUGGGGAUGAGAUCUCAAGGCAGCAGUUCCGAAGACUGCUUGAAAGCAAGCCAGAUGCUGGGCAGAAAGUUCUUGCUGAAAACAAUUUGCUGAAAAAUGUUGAAUUCAAUGAGAAGUUCCAUGGAGAGGAGGUCGUUACAGAGCCGUUCAACCUGCCUCAGCGGCCAAAUGAGGCUUACAUCUUCUACGGAAAUAUGUGUAAAAUUGCUGUGUCGUUACUUGGCUACACGCUCAGCAAAGAGUGUGAGCAGAGUGAUACCCCUGAGAUGAUGAACAGUUCCAGUGAAGACUUGGUAAAAGACAGUGGCAUAACAAUGGGUAAUGUAUCUUUGGAUGUGCUGCCUGUGAAGGGUCCCCAAGGUCCAACAGUCAGAGUGUCUGGGUCCUCCUUAAAGACCUCAGAGUCUCCUCCUAGACUGUCUGAGACAUGGACUGUUCAUCCAGAACAGCUUGUCCUUGCAGCUCCAACUAUGAAUGCUGUGGCAAGCACGAAUCAGGUCCAGAUCAAGAACAAUACAAUGAGAGAGCUGAGUUUUGAUUUAGCCUGGCCUGCUCAUUACCUGACUAUUACACCUCAACAUGGAGUCAUUGAGCCACAGUGCCACCUGCAAAUUUUGAUCAGCCCCAAACCUUCACUGGCAAGCAAAUCCGACAUGCUCCCUUGGAAUGGGAAGAUAUAUGUCCAAUGUGAUGGUCAACAAAAGCUGAUCAAGGUCCAGAUCCGUCGAGAUUUGGCACUGGAUGUUUCCACCACCCCAGCAAAUGCAACCCUAUCAGCUCUGUCCCCCCAGGCUUCCACCCCUGUGUUGCCCACAGUCAGAAUAACAUCAAAGUCCACGCUGCCCAUGACAUCGCCGCAGUUACCUCCAGCUCUGCUCGAGAUUAUCAACAAAAACAUCAUUUUUCCCAACACGCCUUCAGGAGAAACAUCAGAGGCACAGCUUGAAGUGGAGAAUGGACAUCUGGAAGUGAGAUGGUACAUCUCAUCAUUUGCUCCUCCUUACGUUAAGGGAGUUGAUAACAGUUGUGACGUAUACCGGGCCACUUAUACAGCUUUUAGGUGUUCGAAAGUCUCAGGCACUUUGGGAGCCAAUGAGAAAAUUCAGGUGCCAAUUACUUUCCUGCCAAGGGACGGAGGAGACUAUGCUCAGUUUUGGGAUUUGGAGUGUCACCCGGUGUCUGAGCCACAGCAGAAAUCUAGAAUCCGCUUUCAACUAUGUGGCACGGGGAUCAACUCGGCACCAGGAGAAGUAUCUCAGAAUGAAGACUGCUCUUUGGUAAAAACAGAGGCCACGGUUAAGACAAGGAAGAAAGCUGAAGCUUCCACAAGCAAAACCAGCCAGGAUGAAGGAAUGUGGAGGGGUGUUUACACGGCUCAGGAUCUUUACACGUUCCCUAAUACACGUGUUGGCGAGUUCAGCACACUGAAGGUUAACAUCUGCAACAACUCACCCAACACACAUGAGUUGAGAUUUGUAAGCCCUAGGGAGCCCUUCCACAUCAAGCAUUCAAAAUAUUCCCUGAGAUCCCAGCACUUCCUGAAGCUACCUGUCCAGUUCAAGCCGAGCUCUGCAGGCAGAAAGGUCGGCUUGCUCCUCAUCCAGUCCGAAACAAGUGGAACUCUGGUGGUGCAGCUAACUGCUGAGGCGCUGCCUUGAAUUUACCAGCGGCCAUCCUGCCUCAUGCGAACAGAUUGGGACUUUGUUUGUCAGUCACCUCCUGAUAGAAAAUGUGAAGAUUGCUAAGGGUCAUACACAAAUCCUGGUUGUAAAUCUUCACUCAUGAUUGUUUUUGCACAAAUUUUGCCCAGAUUUUAGGUGAAAAGGAGCUCAAUAUUAACUCUGAAAUACCUCUCUCCGUCCAACCUGAAUCUAUAAACGUGCCAGGAACCUUUUUAAAGUUCAAGUGCCACAUUAGCAUUUCAGGCUAUUGUUUUUUUUUUUUUUUUUUUUGUCAGUCGGAACAAAUGAAGGUUUAUUUUUACAUCAAUCUGAUUUGCCAAAACUAUCUUGUCAGGAAGUGCAUUUUUGUUGCCACAGUAGCACCUAUAAUUGAAACACAUUGAGGAUAUGUCUGGCAGGAUUGCCUUUGUUCAUGACACCUGCAGAGAUACUUUUAUUGGAGAAGCUACAUGUGUUGUAUGCAUGUUAAUGGUUUUAGUUCCCAGCACUCAAAUUUCCAACAUGAGUCUUAAACUGUUUGCAGAAUUUUGACCUAUUGUACUUACUACUGUUCACACAAUGGCAAACACCCAGAACUCGUGCAUUUGGCUUUUAGACAGUAUGUUGCUUAGCUAGUAGUAUUUACCAGACUUUUCCAAAAGGUCCGCAUGUAUUAUUUCAAUACCGAUGAUGGUUCAGGAUUAGCUCACAGACAUUUGUUAAUGAUUGUUAUUAAGAACUCGAGGAUUUCCUACGUUGGGGUUUGACUGGGCAGCUGAUUUGGCCUUCUUUGUAUGGUUACCAUGGCAAAGCUGUGUUCAUUUUCCUCUCACAAAAAUAGGCAAUUCACUCAUGAAUCUUUGGUGCAAAUAGACAGUGUUUGUAGCUUAAAACAUAGGUGCUGUAUGUGAAUAUUAGUAUGUUUUCUGAAAACAUUUCGGGUGGCACACACCUUUGCACAAUUUACUUGCUUAUAUAGUGAAUUUUAAAGUUAAGGCUGUGCUGCUACCAACAGUAUUUGGUAGCAACUGUUCAGCAUUCAUUGAUUCACAAUUUGCACAACCUUUUAAAUGCAAUGUGUAACAUAUUGUACAUUUAAAUAAAGUUGUUUUUUAAUCACACCCAUACCUCUUGAUAUUUUAUUUUGUGGAGAUUCUUUGCAAAGCAAAUCUCCCCACAUUUGAAAUUUGUUGUUCAUGGAUUUUGGGUAUUUCCAGUGUUGUCAGUAACGAGGAAUCAAAGGCGUUCAUUUUUCGAUACAAGUUAGUUUCCU